AAGGAGCCUCCUCCUUUGAAUCACACCUGACUAUUUACUUGGAAACGGAAGAAGCAUAAAAACGCCCUUUGUGAGAUAAGAGCUUUCUAGAGAAAUGUGACAAAAAGCGCUCACAGAACAAAGGAAAAAUGACGAAUCUGGAAGUUGGCUCGGAUUUUAGGAGUGAUGAAGAUCAUCGGGAAUGCAUCAGAAAAAAAAAACGCAGCGGCAACGCCUCCCGCGUGGGCUAUAAAGGGCUGCGGGCAGGGGAAGCGCGCACUGCUGCCUGCGCUGCCAGCCCGCUCUGCCCAGCCUCUGCCCACGCCAUGAGCACCACUGUCCGGCAGUUCUCCUCCUCCACCUCCCUCAAGGGCCUGGGGGGGGGCUCCAGCAGGCUGUCCUGCGGCCGCGCUGCGGGAUACCGGGCCCCCAGCGUCCACGGCGGCUCCAGCAGCUACUCCGUCUCCUCCCGCAUCGUCUCGGGGCUCGGCGCCGGCUAUGGGGGCGGCUACUGCAGCAGCGUUGGAGGGGGGCUCGGCGGGGGCUUCGGGGCCGGCUAUGGGGCCGGCUAUGGGGCCGGCUUCGGGGCCGGCUUCGGGGGCGGCUUCGGGGUCGGCGAUGGCAUCCUCCCGGCCGGAGAGAAGGAGACGAUGCAGAACCUCAACGACCGCCUGGCCGCCUACCUGGACAAGGUGCGCGCCCUGGAGGAGGCCAACACCGACCUGGAGGUGAAGAUCAGGGAGUGGUACAAGAAGCAGGGGCCCGGCCCCGAGCGCGACUACAGCCCCUACUACCGGACCAUCGAGGAGCUGCGCAGCAAGAUUCUUGCCGCAACUGUUGAGAAUGCCAACAUUGUCCUGCAGAUUGACAAUGCCAGGCUGGCAGCUGAUGACUUCAGGACCAAGUUUGAGACGGAGCAGGCCCUGCGCCUGAGCGUGGAGGCCGACAUCAAUGGGCUGCGCAGGGUGCUGGACGAGCUGACCCUGUCCAGGGCCGACCUGGAGAUGCAGAUCGAGAACCUGAAGGAGGAGCUGGCCUACCUGAAGAAGAACCACGAGGAGGAAAUGAACGCGCUGCGCGGCCAGGUGGGAGGAGAGAUCAGCGUGGAGAUGGACGCGGCUCCCGGCAUUGACCUCACCAAGAUCCUGGCCGAGAUGCGGGAGCAGUACGAGAGCCUGGCGGAGAAGAACCGCAGGGACGCCGAGCAGUGGUUCUUCAGCAAGACGGAGGAGCUGAACCGCGAGGUGGCCAUCAACACGGAGCAGCUGCAGAGCGGCAAGACGGAGAUCACGGAGCUGCGCCGCACCAUCCAGAGCCUGGAGAUCGACCUGCAGUCCCAGCUCAGCACGAAAGCGGCGCUGGAGGGCACCCUGGCCGACACCGAGGCGCGCUACGGCACCCAGCUGGCCCAGCUGCAGGCGCUGAUCACCAGCGUGGAGGAGCAGCUGGCCGAGCUGCGCUGCGACAUGGAGCGCCAGAACCACGAGUACCGGGUGCUGCUGGACGUCAAGUGCCGCCUGGAGCAGGAGAUCGCCACGUACCGCCGGCUGCUGGAGGGCGAGGACGCACACAUCUCUUCCCAGUACUCCUCUGCAAUGUCCUCACACUCUGGCAGAGAUGCCAUCACGACCUCGCGCCAGGUGCGCACCAUCGUGGAGGAGGUGCAGGACGGGAAGGUGGUCUCGUCCCGCGAGCAGGUGGCACUCACCACGCGCUAGCGGGGACCUGCAGCAGCCCCAGGCUCUGCCCGGCGGGGCUGAGUGGAAUGCAGCCGGCUUCACCCCUCUGCUUCUCCCCGCAACGGACCCUAAUUGUGCGCAGCUGCAGUCGUGCAAUCUGUACACGUUUAAUAAAGCUUUGUUUUUCAUUCACGCAA